ACCAAAAGGGACCAAACAAACAGAAGAUGAGCCCAACUCCCAAGGAUAAAAAAAUAUUUUGCAAAAUAAUGGCUAUAUUUAUUGUUCCCAUGCGAAGAAUAUAAAUAGUUUUGCAAAUGUUAAUGAGUUUAACGUAUACCUAAUCGACUUGAGCGUCGCGGGAAGCUCAUUUAUGCGGCACCAUCAAAAUGAGAUGCUCAAUGCAUACGAAGGAUAUUAUAAACAAAUCACUGCGCACUUGUAGCUGCUAUUUUAAUAAAUGAGUCACGGAUAUAUUAACGCAAUAUCGGUUAGUAAUUUAGUGUCAAGGAAACGUGACUGAAAAUCCUGUGCGCUUAUCAGUGUUGUGGCUACUAUUGCUAAAUAUAAUUGCAUAACUGGUAACGUCUUCACACGAUUAGUUCUGUUUACGACACUCGUUCAGCAAAAUGGCAGUUCAACCGAACGCUCAGUCAAUGGGCUCGUCAAAUACAGUGUUCAACACACAGACUAGAUUUGACUCAUCUUAUGUUAAGAGUUUACCAGGAAUCUUAAAAGUUGUGGCUAUUGUACUCGACUUUCUCGGUUACAUUUGCAUACAAGCAUCUGCUUUCUCGUCAAACUGGCGAGGGGUGUACUUCAUGGUGGCAGCACACCUGGGCCUCUGGUUCACAGCCAUACUACUUCUGUUCUAUACAUUCCACAUUAUUGAGAAGUACCACAAUGUGAAGUGGCUGCAUAUAGAGAUGAUUGGCUGCGGGAUUGUGUCAUUCUUGUAUUUGAUUGGGUCAUCGAUCGUGGUCGCGUUCGGAUCGGCGGCUUAUUCCGCGGCUGGGUUCUUCGGCUAUCUAGCAAUGGUGUUGUACGGCUACGAAGCCUUCGCCAAGUUCCAAGCGAUCAAAGCAGGUGAUCUGGCGCAGGGCAGCCGCGUGGUAACCAAGCAGAUGCACGUGACCACGCCGCCCGCGUUGCCAUAGCAACCGGACCAUUUAACGUAUGGCGUUCCGAGAAUUCUGUCUCGCUUCUGUGUACACGAUUUGUAUGAUUAUUAUUAUAGAUGUCUCGCUCACACUAAUUUAAUAUGGUUACGGAGAUUUUUAUACCUAUUAAAUUUAAAUGAAACUAAAUGCGAAUGCGUUACGAGAACGUAUGUAAUUCCGAGAAUUCUGCAACGCUUCAAAUGUUUAUUUUAACACUAUUUUGGUGUCACAUAAAACUUGAUAAGGUUAGAACCUUAUCAAGUCUAGAGACAAUUUUUGUACUAGAGACAAUUUUUGUGUCAAAUGACAAUGAAUUCUUUUCGAGAACGUCUGAAAUUCAGAGAAUUUGAUAUCGCUUGUAUUUCCGAGAUUUUUGUAUUAAAAAAGUCUUUACAACAAUUUAACCAAUUCAUAUUAUAUCAAUUUCUACUUUUACUUUUCCAGUAUUGUAUGAUUUCUGAAGCAUUUUUUUCAUAGUCAUGUCUAUAUUUUGUUUAUAGUUAGGUUAAUAUUGUUUUAAGUAAAUUAUUUUGUAAUAAUAAGUUCGUGUAAAUAUGUAUUAUUUCGUUAAUGUAUAUUAAUGAGUUAUUAACGGGGUUUCUCAUAAAAUCAUUCCUCUCAAUACAAUCACUGAUGUCUGUCUUUGUUAUUUUGAUUAUUUCUUUUCUCAUAAUAUCAAGUAUUUAACCGCCUAUUUUAGUAGCUAUUAUUUGCACUCAUAUGCGUGCUCAAAUGACGAUUAGCAGCCAAAACGAUUAUUUUCUAAUAAAUUUUUCACUAAUGUAAAAAAAAAAUCGAAAUUAACAUUGGUGUAAGUAAUUCUCUAUUAGAUUGUAUUUAAUUGUAAUCAGUCAAAGACUAGUUGUUAAGUUUUAUUUAUAUAGUAUUUUUUGUUUUAUUUUAAGUUUAAUUUACGUUUAGAAAAUAAAGACUUCAGUGACAUGAUUAAUUUAAAAACCUUGUGGUAUAGAGUCAACACAAGUAAGAAAUAUAUUUUUGCAGGGUGUUCAGAUUUAAUAACUUUAAUAAAAAAAUCUCGUUUUAAAAACGUAGUCGUUAUUUUCUAAAUAUUUUUUUUAUUUAUUCAUACCACCAUAAUUCAUUGUACUUAUAUUAUAACGUACAAAUAAAAAUAGCAUAUAUUCAAGUGUUCCAUCUAUAGAUUACCGACUCGAGUACAUAUACAGAUCGGUACGCGAUUUGAGUCUCUAUAAUAUACUACGUAAGAUAUAUAAUCGCGUACCCAUCGGGAUACCCCUACCCGUGGUGGUAGCGGAUACCGCUCUAGUUUUAAUAGGCCUUAAAAGUUGCAACAAAGGGAAAACAUGUGAAACAGUGAGUUUUUAACGUAGUGUUUUGUGCAAGCUAUAACCUAUCUUUAUCACUUAACUCUCACUCGUUGCUUUAUAUUCGGCAUCAUAUACUUACAAUUAUUAACUUAAUCACUUCAUACACAUUUUAAUUAUUUAUUUUACACUUCUGUACUACAAUUCGUUGAUUACACACCGGUUGGAUUUGGAUAUUUGUCUCUUUGAAUUUUUAUCAAAACUUAACAGUGCGUAAUUUUUUUAUUUAAAUUAUAUCAAACGUAAGGGCAUUUUGUAUUUUCAAUAUAUUAUUAUUCUAUAAGUUUUUACAUAAUUCACGAAUAUGUUAAAUGUGUACCUUAAUAAGAUAUAAUUUAGCAGUUGUCUCCGUCCGAUAGCUCAUGCUUGUGUCAAAUGUUAAAUGUAUAUUUUGUAUUAAUAUAACGCUUUACUGUAGAUUUUUAUAUAAGAUCAUAUUAUAUACCUCUUGGCUGAGGCUAAUCUCACGUACUGAAUGUAAAGAAAAUAAAAAAUACCUAUAAUAUCAUUGUAUUUCUUCACAAUAUUUUAAUGACUUUGGUUAUAAUAUGAUACCUACUCGAUUCAAAUGAAACUCAAUUACCUACAAUGAUUAUAAAAAAUACUCACACGGUCACACAAUGGUGUGGUGGUGGUUACAAUUUGGUAAUUUGUAAGGUAUAAUUAUCGUGUAUAACUUUCGCUAUUUUCCUACGAAAAUAUGUAGGUAUGUCGAAUGCAUACAAUCUAUAGAAUAUGAAUGACAAUAGGCAUAUUUUGCAUUUAAAUAAUUAUGUCCACGCUGCUUCGUAAAUUCAGUGCAGUACCUUAUAACGUCUCAGCUUCAACUAGGAUCUCGAGAUUCGAUUGAACAGUGAGGCAUAAAUAGUAACUGCGGCUCACGACGAACGUCUGACGCGAUGUUGCCGCGCCGUACGACAAACGCAAACGCAUGACGAGAGUCUGACGCGACGAUCGCGAUGCGCGCGCGGUGAGCGGCUGUCGCGACGCGACGUUGCCGCUCCACACGAUGAAUGCAAGACCAGCCGCGACGCGGACGUUGCCCGUGAACAUACCACGGAGCGGCAAUGGCAACGUGGACAAUAGGUCUUAAAUUUAUGCAUAUGUAGGUACAUCAAAAUAUGCAUUUGAAAUUACGAGAGGUACCAAUAUGUAGAUUGUAGGUAUAUUGUUGUAUUUAAGAGUCGGGCUAAUGUGAUUUUUUGAACUUGGGUCCAUGCUUAUUAGAAAAACAACAUCGUUAUACCCCAAACUUUAUACCAUAUCCAUUUGUUAACCAAUGUUUAUAAGAAUUAACAUAAUUAAUGCUACUAUUAUUAAUCUAUACACACUGUUGCAAAGAUACUAUGUAUAAUAUAACCUUUUGAUAGUAACCAUAAUAUACCCACGAAACAUGUUUAUGUGCUCACUGUUAUAUUAUGUACUAUUAUAUACUUUUGGCUCGUAUGACUAGCCAUCUGUUAUUUAUUGUAUUUAAUAAAUAAUUUUCAUCUGA